AUGUCGUUAAGAAAGGCCUCCUUCAGCUCUGGAGGAUUCCAAGACUCCCUUUCCCAACAUCAGCACGGAGUUCCUCCUUCCCUUACCGAGCUGAGAUUUCUCAGUCUUGCCAACAACCAGAUCGAGAAUGAGGAAGACUUGCUGGCCGUGGCUCUCUUCCCCUCCCUGACGGAGCUGACCUUCUACGGCAACCCAUUCACCACGUCCAGAAGCGGUGACCCACCUCUGCUCACCAGUUUCCUCCAGAACAAACUGGGAAUUAAGCUGGUUAGGAAGAAAGUUUCCAAGCUGGAGAAGCCGCGUGUUUUUAUACCCGUCAAAGCCAGCCGGGAGAUUAAAUCCCGGCUACCUAAGAUCCGAAAGCGGCCCACGCCGGUCGAAAUGGCUGUGGAGACCACUUUCUGGCAACUGUGGACGGGAGCAGAUCUGGAUCCUAACAAAAGACUCGCUUCCCCAGCUGUUCCAGACAGCCAAUCCUUUUCUCUGGCCUACGACCUCGAUCAGCCCAUCCUAUCUCCUCUUCGGUCGGAGGACAGGUCGGCCUGCAUCUCCAUGACCACUUUAUACAACGAAGCCUUGACGUCCGAGUCCUCCCGAGAAGGGACGUCCUACGGAAGCGAUGUCCUGCACGAGUCUUCCAUCGAUCGGAUCCUGGCUGGGAAGGUUUCUGCAUCCCGGGUCUGGUUGGGAGAGAGUCUUUCCGAAGUCCUCCUCCCCUCAUCUCAGUUACCUUCGCGAAGUCCACCUGGGUUGCCACCACCAAGAGAGCCACCUUCAUCAGGCCACCUUCCGUCUGAGCCUCCACGUCUCCCAGAGGACGGGUCAGAAUCCCUACCUUACCUGAGGACACCUUCUGGAGAACGUCUACCGGAGAUACAGUUGGAACCUGUUGCCCCUCCAAACUCACCUUCGGAGGGACAGGAUGGGUCAGAACCUGUUCAGAUCGUUGGACCAGAAGAAGAAGAAGGAGAAGAAGGUAGAACUCUCCUCUCCACUGCUUCUGGUGGAGAGCUGACUCAGUUGGCAGCGUCUUUGGUGGAACGGGAAGAAUCCGAAACGCUGGUAUCAUCUGAACACGGCCUCAAAGGAGAAGACCUGGGUGUCCCUCUUUCACCCGUCCGAUCGCUUUCGGUGGAAAAGGAUCUCCCAUCAAGGGGAUCAUCUGUAGAAGAUGAGGAUCGGGAGGAACCCGUGGCCAUCUCCUAUCCCAGCGGGGAGGAUUUAGAAGAAGGCGUCCCGUUGAUGGGAUCAGGGGACCUUCUUCCAGAGGUGGCCUUGUUGACCGUUUCUUCAGAAGAAGAGGAAGAGGAGACUUCUCCGCUUCCCACCUUCGUGUUGGAAGACGUGGAUCUCUUGGGUUCUUCAGAGGAAGGGGAAUAUUCUGGAUCUCCAAGUUCUCCUUUUGUGGAAGACGGCCAGGAGAGCCUGAUGUUGGUGGAUUCGUCUGCACAAACAUCGACACGAUUCUUGGUUCCGCCUUCCCGAUCCGUUUCUGGAGAACUGUCCAAACUGUUUGCCCAGAUCCAUGACUACGCCUUGCCUCCAGAACCCGAGGAGGACGCUUUCCUGGCGGAAGAGAUGCUCACGAGUAGCGGACAAGGUGUCACCGAACCCAUCUUCAUAACUCAGGUGGAGGAAUCUCUCGAUUCCAGGAGGUCCCAUUUGAGCCUGGGGAAGGUGACUCUCAACGUGCCGGAGAAGUUUAGGGGUUACGAGGAGCUGCUGGGAGGGGACCCCGGAUCCGAUUUUGUUGAGCCAAAAGGAAUACAACAGAACGUCCAAGCUUUGGAGAAGGCCCUCCGCUAUCCUCUGGUCUACCGCGACCCAAAAGCCAGACUGGAUUGCUACCAGAAACCUUACGUCUCCGCCAAAAAGAAGGUCUUGAGGGUCCCUGCGCCGAAGCCUCGGAAGACCAGGAUGGAACGGCUGGAAGAAAUCCUGCUGGAGCUGAGGAAGCCCAAAAACAUUCUCCACAUCCCCCUAGUGUGCAUCUUGCGGAGGAGAAAGGAGAAUUGGCGGGAAUACCGGGAAGCUUUAGAACUCCUGAAGGAAUUUCAGAGAGAUUAUAAAGCCACGGUGGCCGUUUGUAACAAGGUCAAUGAAUCCAGGGCAAUCGGCAAGGACCAAGUUCCCAAAACUGACCUCAACCCCAUCCCGAAGUUCCGAAGCCUUCCGGAGAUCAAGGCCAGGAGAAAGAUGGACGAGUCCCCCGUUCAGGUCCUUCAAGAGAAGAACGGCUCCCUUCCAACCAACCAAUAAGAGAGAUCCCACCUCUACUGGUGUGCCGUCACCUACUUGUAGACCUUCAAGUAGGACGUGGCCUACUGGAGAACUUUUGCUGAGAGGACCUGCAGCUGAUGGAGCGGUGAUGCCCCUUGGUCCUACCUACCCCACGGAGGAGACAUUACCCUUGUUUCCAGGACCCCAUAGACUUGAAGGCUUCAUUGAGGUCCUCCAAGCUUCACAAACUUGAAAGCCAUGAGGUGCAUCUUGAAACCUUGAGGUCCAUCUUGAAGGCAACGCUCAAAAAUGGAACCUGGAAGACUCGAAUGAACAGCUGCACGAAUGAUGGGCCUCUCGUUUGUUAGACGGACUCUCUUUGACCCGUGUUGAGAAGAAACCAUUGAUGGAGACCAUGUUGAGAAUUAAUCAGUGGCCAUCGGGACCUUCCAGAAGGUCUCCUGGGGAAGGUGUCACUGGUAGACCGAGACCACCAAGUUUUAGUGUCCUCCUGUUAAGACCAACCAUCUCCACACACGUUUUUUUCCUUAUUUCACCGUUCCUCUCCCUGUGGAAGACCGUCAGAAGUUUCCACAGAAGAAAGAUUCUUCUUCUGUCUCAACGGCUGCAAUUUUCAUUUUCCUGGUGGUUCUUGUAGGCACGUUCUUAAAUUCUUAACGCAAUAAAAUUAAUCUCACGAAGGAUUUAAUCCUUAAA